AUGCGUCUUUUACCAACGCUAGCCACCGCGCUCCUGUUCGCAGUCAAUGUGACAGGAAGUCCGGCUGCUGCUUCAGGCCCAACGCAAUCCGCCACUCCCGCCGUGAACGUUGUAGACGAGGCCGCCCCGACAACCUCGGCUGCUCAAGCAAACAAUGUCAACCAGGCCAAUGCCGCUGUCGCAGACACUACUACUGCCGCCAACACAGACAAAGCCGCUAACACGGCUGCUGCUGUGCCUGCGGAGGAAGAAGAUGAUACCGCUAGCGCAGAUACUGCCGACCCGACCAAGGCCAACCCCGUGGAAUCCGUGGUUGGCGGCAUAAAGACUGCUCUUGGUGUAGACACGAAUGAAUCAACCGAUGCAGCCAAUGCAGCCGCCCCCACCAAGCCUGCUGAUAGUUCGGCUACUGAGCCUAAGUCCUCCGCUGCCGAGACUACCUCCGCUGCCGAGACUACCUCCGCUGCCCCUGCUACAGGCACUUCAAGCACAAAGUCUACCAACUCUGAUAGUGAUUCCGACAGCGACUCGGACAGCGGUGAUACUGCCAAAUCUAUUCUGCCAGACAUGAAAGAAGCUAUCUCGGAUUUGUUCGGCGGUAGCAGUGGCGGUAUCGGGGACCUUCUGCAUGGGCUUGAAAGUCUGCUUAACCCCAAAUUCUUGGGUAACUUUGCCGACACCUUCGAGUAUCUUUCUACCGGUCUAGCACCUCCAGUCGACAACCAGCUCCGAACCCUGGUGGCCAAUGGCAACGACCUCCUGACUUCGAGCUUCGUCAAGAAGACCGGUUCUCUCAUUGACAAUGCCAACGAGCUCUUGACCGCAGAGAAUACCAAGGAGAUUGGAACGCUUCUUAAGGUCGCCAACAAAUUGUUGUCCAGUCAGUUUAUCGACAAGGUGGACAGCCUCAUCGACAACGCCAACGACCUCCUCACCUCCAACUUUGUCAAGCAGACCACAAACCUCAUUGAGAAGGCCAGCCCUCUCAUUGACGACGCGAGCGGCCUACUUACCGAGAAGAAUGUUCACGCGAUUGAGUCACUAUUAACAAACGCCAACACGCUGCUCACUGCCACCUUUGUCAAGGAGACCAGCAACCUCAUCAGCAAGGCCAGCCCUCUUAUCGAUGACGCCAGUGGUCUACUCACCGAGGGCAAUGUCAAGGCAAUUGAGAGUCUGCUCGGCAACGCCAACAAGUUGCUCACGCCCAGCUUCAUCUCGACUACUGGCAAGCUCAUCAAGCAGGCCGGUCCCCUCAUCAACCAGGCUAGCGGUCUUCUUACCGAGGGCAAUGUCAAGGAGAUUGAGGCACUCUUGAACAAUGCCAACAAGCUGCUCACGCCCGGCUUUAUUUCGACUACUGGCAAGCUCAUCAAGCAGGCCGGUCCCCUCAUCAGCCAGGCUAGCGGUCUUCUUACCGAGGGCAAUGUCAAGGAGAUUGAGAGUCUGAUUGGCAAUGCCAACAGCCUGUUGACUACCAGCUUCGUAAACCAGACCACGAGCCUCAUCGAUGAAGCCAGCGAGCUCUUGUCUUCGGAUACCAUUGACAGUCUGAAGUCUCUCCUCGUUCAGCUCGCUCCUAUCAUUCCCGAGCUGAAGGGCCUGCUCAAGCCAGCCACUAUCAAGGCGAUCGAGAAUGUACUAAGCAAUGCCAACAAGCUCCUCACAGAAUCCUUCGUCGAGGACACUAACACCCUGAUCACCGAGGCUGUCGGCCUUCUCACCCCCGACCUAGUCAAGGCUCUCAAGUCGCUCCUCAGCGAUCUUACGCCGCUGAUUCCCGAGUUGCAGUCGCUGUUGACCAAGGAUAUGAUCAAGUCGAUCGAGACCCUUUUGAACAAUGCCGGAGAUCUGCUCACGUCGGAUUUCGUCAAGGACACCAAGGGUCUAGUCGGCGAGGCCGGCGACCUCCUCACUCCGGAGGUGGCCAGUGGACUGAAGUCAAUCCUGAAGGACGUCAUUCCUCUGCUGCCCGAGCUGAAGUUGCUUCUGAACAAGAGCACCAUCUCUGCCAUUGGUUCUCUCUUGACCAACGCCAACACCCUCUUGACCCCCAAGUUCGUCAACGAGACCAUUGGUCUGAUCGACAACGCCGACGACCUCCUGACCCCAGGCAUCGUCACUGGACUGAAGGAACUCCUCGGCGACGUCGGUCCUCUGAUCCCAGAUCUCAGAAGGUCACUCCUGAACACAACCAUCAUCACCGACUUGGGAUACAUCGUGACCAACGCUACCACUUUGCUCACGCCCCACUUCGUCGUCGAGACCACAGACCUCAUCGACAACGCCGAUGGCCUUCUAACUCCCAAGGUAGUCAGCGUGCUCAAGGAUAUUCUUGGAUACGUACCCGACUUGAUGCCCGAGGUGAAGAAGUUGCUCAAGCCCUCUACUAUUUCGGAUGUUGGCGCGCUCUUGGCGAACGCUCAUGAUCUCCUCACUCCUAAAUUCGUCAAUGAGACAUCAAUCCUGAUAGAUGAUGUUACAAGCUUCUUACCUUUGAUCCAGGAAUUGCUCAAGGCGCUGUGA